GUGAGUGCCGGCUGCCGUAGCAGGGACCCCCAGCGUGCCCUAUGUGGAUGAUACCGGGCGGAGCGAGGAACCCCCGCCGUGCUCCCCAGCACCCAGACCUGCUGCAUUAAAGAGCUUCGAUGCUGCUUCUGUUCUCUCCCUUCCCAAAUGAUUGUCUGCACUAACCCUGACACUUGGAGUGACCUGCCCGAGGAGUGACGCCACUGAACUACUGAAGAAACGCAGGACAGCUGAAAAGCAGAAGGCGUCUGUGGAGAAUGAGAUUAGUCAGUGGAGAGGAGGCAGUGCCAAGCCAGGCCGUCCCUGCCAGAACUUUCUAGCUGUUCUAUUCCGCUGCCCAGCCUUAUCCAACUCAUACAGACAUCAAGCAACCAAUCAGCACGCGUCGCCUGAUAGUGACAUCAGUUGCAAGGGGAUGACAGAGCGCAUUCACAGCAUCAACCUCCACAACUUCAGCAAUUCCGUGCUCGAGACCCUCAACGAGCAGCGCAACCGUGGCCACUUCUGUGACGUGACGGUGCGAAUCCACGGAAGCAUGUUGCGGGCCCACCGCUGCGUGCUGGCCGCUGGCAGCCCAUUUUUCCAGGACAAGCUGCUGCUGGGAUACAGCGACAUCGAGAUUCCCUCGGUGGUGUCGGUUCACGCGGUGCAGAAGCUGAUCGACUUCAUGUACAGCGGGGUGCUGAGGGUUUCCCAGUCGGAGGCGCUGCAGAUCCUGACGGCCGCUAGUAUUCUGCAGAUAAAGACGGUCAUCGACGAGUGCACGCGAAUCGUCUCGCAAAAUGUCGGAGGAGUGUACCCCCUUUUACCGGACUCUGCUCAAGAGACGCCCAGGGGGACCCCCGAGUCGGGCACCUCUGGGCAGAGUAGCGACACCGAAUCAAACUACCUUCAGAGCCAUCGUCAGCACAGCGUUGACCGGAUCUACUCCGCUCUGUAUACGUGUUCCAUGCACAACGGCAGCGGGGAGCGGUCCUUCUACAGUGGAGCCCUGGUUAGCCACCACAAGACUGCCUUAGGGCUGCCUCGGCAACACCACAUGGAGGAACCCAGCUGGAUCACCCGCAUACACCAACGAUCCCAGAGAAUGGAGCGGUACCUCUCCGCCACUCCCGAGACCACCCACUGCCGGAAGCAGCCACGCCCGGUCCGUAUCCAAACACUAAUGGGCAACAUUCACAUUAAGCAGGAGGUGGAGGACGACUAUGACUACUACGGGCAGCAGAGCUCGCAGGCGCUGGAAAGGAACGAGUCGGAAGAGUGCACUGAAGACACCGAUCAAGCAGAAGGCACUGAAAGUGAACCCAAAGGCGAAAGCUUUGACUCCGGAGUCAGCUCAUCCAUCGGCACAGAGCCCGACUCCGGAGAGCAGCAGUACAUGCCCAUCCUCAGCCGAGAGGGUCCGCAGGAGCCUUCCCAAGCAGAGUCCAACAACCUGCCCACCGAGGGCAGUGAAAACCAGGACCAACCGCACUUAGAAACCAGCUCUUCCUCCCCCGAGAGGAACCUUGAUACGGACAGCACAGUGCUCCGAGUUAGCAAUAGCACCGACAAGGGGGUCGUACAGACUUCGGUUACCCAGUCCAUAGCGCAGACAAUGCCAAAUACCCAACUCUACUUACGUCAGACAGAAACUCUCACCAGCAACCUGAGGAUGCCGCUCACCCUGACUAGUAAUACCCAGGUCAUUGGCACCGCUGGCAACACCUACCUUCCUACCCUUUUUACCACCCAAGCAGCCGGGAGUGGCCCCAAGCCUUUCCUUUUCAGUCUGCCCCAGUCUAUACCUGGUCAGCAAACCCAGUUUGUGACGGUCCCCCAGUCUGGCAUCUCUCCAUUCGCUGGCCAGUAUCAGAACACUUCCCAAACCAGUCACAGCACAUCAAGUGCACAAGGAGAAAAAAAGCCUUACGAGUGCACCCUGUGUAACAAAACUUUUACCGCCAAACAGAAUUACGUGAAGCACAUGUUUGUACAUACAGGGGAGAAGCCGCACCAGUGCAGCAUCUGUUGGCGCUCCUUCUCCUUGAAGGAUUACUUAAUCAAACACAUGGUAACGCACACCGGUGUGAGGGCCUACCAGUGCAGCAUCUGCAACAAGCGCUUCACGCAGAAGAGCUCCCUCAACGUCCACAUGCGCCUUCACCGGGGGGAGAAGUCCUACGAGUGUUACAUCUGCAAGAAGAAGUUCUCCCACAAAACCCUGCUAGAAAGGCACGUGGCCCUCCACAGCGCUACCAACGGCACUGCCAGCCUCCCAAUCACCGCUGCACCCCCAGGCUCAGUUCCAGCCCCAGGUUCAGCUCAGCCUCUGGGCUCGGCUCCAAUCUCUGGUACCACUCCCGGCCAGGGAUUGCCACCGACCCCCAACAUGGCUCCAACCCCUGUCUUGGCCAACGCUCAAGUCUUGCCUGCGGCUCCAGUCUUAGCACCGGCUUCCGCCUUGGUACAAGCUCCAGUCUUGGUCUCUGCCUUAGCACCAACCCCAAACCUGGUUCACCCCCCCACGCCUUCCCCGACCCCCGGCCCCGUUCUAGCCCCGCGGCCUCCCAAUGGCGGUGUCGCGACCGGUGCCGAGGGCACAACGUACGUUUGCUCAGUCUGUCCAACUAAGUUUGACCAAAUCGAGCAGUUUAACGACCACAUGAGAAUGCACGUUUCUGAUGGAUAAAUAUCGUCCAUUCUUACGAACAAACAAAAAAAGCUAUGGCACUAGAAAUUUAAGGUUUUUUGUUUUUAUUUUAUUUUUAUUUUUUUUUGGCAUUUUCUACUACAUGAAGAACUGUAUUGCCUGCUGGUACAUUACAUUUCCGGAGAGUGGGGUUAAUAUAUAUAUCUCUAUAUAUCAAGGUAUAUAACCUGCGUAUAUAUAUGACGAUCCAGUCUCCCUCAGAUGGUGGCCUUAAGGCUUGGUAGAUUUACCCGAAUUCUACUGGUUGGAAUUCAAGCUACUGGCCUCUAAAUACAACCCUUCUUUAAAAAAAAAACAACAAAAAAAAAAUAACAAAAUCCACAAAAAAAAAAAAAAGACCCGUUUUCCACUUGUGUAGAGCACUACAAUACAACCAAUAAUAUAACGGAUAUUAAACAAGGCCGACUGUCUCUUAACCCGACAGUGUUCUCUUUCUGGUUCAUUUCUCCCCGCGCUUGUCACCCUUUGUGUCACGCACCGAGACUCCAUAGCACCCGGAUCACAGGAAAAUACAAACUGCGCCACCUUUUUUUCCCUAUUUUUGCGGCAUUAUGUGUAUUUUUUUUUUUUUUUUGAGCUUUUUUUUUUAUUACGAGGGGGGUGGUUUUGGAGACGAGGGGGCAAUUCCGAGAGGAUGGGAUGAGCGCACACACACCGGCAACCGCAGUUAUGACUGGAAUGGGCGUCGGAGAACCUGCCCGCCAUUUUUCUUUUUCUUGCUGUGGUCCAUUGUGCCCAGUUACCCAUAACCCUCCUCUCCUGUUCCCUUGGAAACCAUCUGCAGCCGUCUGUCACUUGCUGUAAAGGAACCAAGAGCGACAUAAAGACACUAAAGGGCAAAAUGAAGAAAACAUGUUCGAGCAACUCAUAUUGUAUUCAUGUCGGUGACUCCCGCUUGGUGGUGGGACAAGGACACGCUAACCAUAAAUACUGUCUACACGCAACCAAUAUGUCAGAGACGAUCACACGUGGGUAGAUCCAACCUAACCUUUUAUAGUUUGGUACCUUCUUCUAUAGGGCUGAACUGGAGAAACUUCACUUUAGGUCUUCAACGUCAUUAUAUUGGGAGGCUUCCAAAGGGUGAGUGGGAAAUGGCGGCCAAAGCCGACGGUUUGUACAACUGUGAACCUUCUGAAAUCGCAGACGCACCGUAAUGCUGAGUUUUCCAAUAUCCCAAAUUUACCAAAAAAACACAACCUUGGAGAGUUUAGAGGAGACUUUACUGCCAUUAGGGGGUGCAUUGUUAUAUGUGUAUAUAAGGGCCCGCCCUGCACACGUUCAUACGUGUGCAACGAAAUUCAACAUUCUGUCCAAUCUUCAAACUCCGAGGAAAUCAGCUUUAAGAAUGUGGCGUGUUGAUGAACUCGUCAUUACGGCGUCGCGUGUAUUUCAGAGAGGGGCCACAGGGCACUCAAUUUGUAUAAAAAAAAGAGCAUUUUGUUGUCGUUGUGUGUCCACCAAGGUCGUACACUGAGAAGAACUUGGGGUUCUAUAUCUUUACAGGGCUUCCCAAAUAGGAUCCUCCUCUAGUCACCUGGGUAUGUAGGGAUCAGCCAUAACUAUGGAGACAUGGGACGGAGGAGCCAGUCUGUCACAUUUACUCCAGAUGGAGUCCAGCUUGUGAGCUUGGCCUUGAAUGAAACACAAUUCUGUUUUUUUUCAUUAUUUACAACUUGUCUUGGAAGCCCUUGGCCACCAGAAUUGGGAUUUGGCAAUUCUUGUCCAUUAGGGGGAAGUCUUUUUACUUUCCAACCCAGCCUGGUGGCAAAAGAAGAGUGUCCGAAUGUGUUUAUGGAGAUACCCUGUCAUAAGGGCUUUCUCCUGACCAAUGGGGAGAUGUUUAUUUAAAGGUGUAUUACAGGGGUGAAAGUUGAAAUCUUCAGGAAAAAUUCUGUUCUGGCAGCCAUAGACGUUCCUAGUUUGGCAAAAAGAGGCAGUUGUUCUCAUCAAGUCCCAUCUUAUUGUUCUAGAUGUUCUAGAUCUAGGUAUAAAGGAGACAAGUCUCAGUAUCCAGCACUUUUUAUGUCUCGUCUGUAGGAGUCAUUUACUCGUUACCCCUUGCUACAAAGAUCAUUAAAUUGAGGAUUUAGGAUUAAGGCAAAUUAAUUGUACGUUUUGGUUAGGACGUCUCUUUGUGACGGGGGGGCAUCAGUUAUCAGUGACGUCGGGUUCCAAUAAUGUUUAUGAAAGUUGGGGCAGAUUAUAUGAAACCAACGCUGAAUGUGGCCAUGAAGGGGUAGAUGGAUUAUAUGGAUAUAAAUGGUUUGGAGUCGGAUUCAGAGCUCUGCUUGCUCGGUUCCGUACUCCACCCUGCCGGUUCUACGCCUGCUUCUGAAUUCCUUGCCCCCGAGGAGCUUCUCGGCUUGUGUUCCCGAGGGCGACUUGGCUGGGCGCUUGCAUUGACGCUGCACUUUGCCACUCAUACUGCUGCAUUUGUAUUUUUGUUGCCCUUUGUACUACUAUAGGGGUCAAAAUCUUGCCCCAUGAAUGAUUGGUGGUAAAUGGGAACCAGCAUAUUCUUAUUCUAUAUAUAAUGGGGGGAGCUCUUCUGCUGCUUGAGUAAAUAAUCCCACAGAAUCAGAACGCUCUGUUCAAGAUCAGCUUGGAUACAUGGGUAUUAAUGAGAGUUAUCACACUGAUGGAUAUGUUCUGUGCGUCUUGUAAGGCAAUUGCCCCUGUAGGGCGCCCUGCCCUACAGCCAAACUGGACUUCUGUUUGUUGCCCUGGGUGUUCAUGACGUACAAACUCAAAACCAAGUUGCAUGUGGGGUAACUGCUCCAUUGGGCUGGUUUUGUGCUCGUUAUGUAUUGAGAGGUGUCCGACCCUGCAGACCUCAGUUUGGGAGAGAUUUUGGGGGAACUGGUAAUCUGUACCCCCCAGGUGUUCAUUGGGAAGAGAUGGGGGUAGAUUAAAGCUAAUCCAAAAGCAAUCCAGUGUAUGAACAGAAGCUUUCCGGUUCCGUGCACUUUUAUGGGAUCACUCUGUGCAUGUUAUGGGUUUGUUCCUCCUGAUGGUAUGUGUGGAGUUACUUGAGGUUUCCAUUAAUAUCCGUUUUCAGUUGGCAAGUUCUCUUGGGCCCUGGCCUCCCUUCACUUCCGUUUGGGUUCUUGCACGGGUAUUAUAACACUAUAAGAGGGGAGGAGACAUGGUUGUCGUCAGAUAAAAACAGUAGAGUAUUGUGAAAGGCCGAAGUAAUUGGGAAGCAUCAGAGCAGGUUCUAGAGCCGUUCUCUCAUUAUUGUAUUAGAUAUUGGUUGGAGCUUGGAUUCUGUUGGCCCCAAAGGUUGGCUUGAGAAACUGUUAAUGGUUAUAUUCCAAUGUUACCAGUUUGUGGAGGUCCAUAACCAAUUAAAUUGUGUUACUUCUUCCAUGCCCCACAUUUACACCCAGUACCCCAUGGGGAGAUCUAGAACUGCAUGUGGCCAGGUCAGAGAUUGAUAGCCACCCAAGAAUACUAGUGAGUCCAGUUACAUGCAACUCCCAUGCCAUAAUUAUUCUUGUGCCCCGUGUAAGCUUGGGGCAAAUAGUCAGCCUGGAGUCCCUUGUAUGAAUGUUAGCGGGGCAUUUCUAGCUCACAUGAUGGGAUUCACUCUGUAUUACACUAAGCAAAGCUAGGCCACCCCAGGCUCCCCUCCUUCCAUAGUAACCUGAUAGCUGUCUAAUAGGCUGAAAGACAAAUUGUUAACUCAAAAAUCACAACAAAGGCCAAAUACAAAUGUUCUUAGAAUAAAAUUGCCCACAUAGAACACAAAAUAGUUCUAAGGUGACGUUAUACUAGUGCCAGUCCCUUGGCUUUGUCUUUGGGGUUCAACCAUCAUCUAGUAAUUGCGACUAUCCAGUUGCCCCAGUGCAGGUUCUGACAGUAACCAAUCAGGUGCAUAGAUGUUAGAGUGGCUCCUGAGUGAGACCACAGGCCCAUAGGGACCAUUGACCCCAUUAAACCACAGGUGCUGAGGUGCCAGUGGGGCCCUUGAGUGCCAACUUGGGUGCAUACAAAGCAUUGUGACAUACGGCUGCUCCUGGGGGGACGGUGUUGAACCUCUACACAGCAAGGCACUUUUAGUAGUCGAGAUCCAGAUUAGGGUUCUGGUUCUGUUGAGUGUGACCCAACUUUCUGAUAGGGAAACCUUAAUUAUCUCCAUCCCGUUUGUUUCCAUAUUGGAUUGCAACAAUGCAAUGGCAGCCCCGUGUCUACAAAGGAGGAAUAAAUCUUGGCGGGGUAUUAUGGUUUCCCUGAAUGCCCUUGGUGAUGCAUUGUGGGUUUUUUCCUGCCAAUGGGAGGAGACUUGAGUUUGCACUACUACACAGAGUGAUGCUGAUGCUUUAAUCAGACCCAUCUUAUUGGCCGGCCCCUUGGCCUAUAGAGAGUUCUGUGGUUUGUCAGAUGAGAGGUCCCACAUUCAUUGCUUAUACUGAUUGCCAAAUCCCCCUGCAGUCUAAUGAAGUUGUGUUGGUCAAUGCCUGGAAUGAAAUACAAAUUUGGGUAAUUUACCUGUAAAAAGCACUUAAGCUCUAAAAUGAAAUGGAGCAUAAAAAUUCAACAUCCCAAGGCAAAGGCGACGCAACUGUUUGUAGGGUUUGGGCGGAAAUGCUGCUCGGAAUCUCCCAUUGAGUUCCGCAGGGGAUGCGCCACGUUCCUCCCAGUCGUCCCGUCUCCUUCCGCGAGUGCUCCCUGGCGUUUGUGUGUUUGCUCUGAGGCUUUAGUUGUUUCUUGUUGAGUUCAAUAUUGCACUACAUUUGACUGCACUGCACUGCACUACUGACACGUGAUUGCACAGGCCGAGAGACAGCGGAAACCAGGAAAGAGCACAACAAGUCGGAGAUUGGAGGGAAGGGGGGGGGGUUGGAAAUAACAGAAUAUCUGGGAUCUUAUUAACCCAUUUGCAGAAAAAUCUUCCUAGGUGAACCACAAAUGACUGCCUUCCUAGCCAUCUAUCUUCUUAUAAUUGCCUUCCUUCCCAUCAUUAGCCAAUUGCCUUCCUCCCCAUCGUUAACCAAUUGCCUUCCUUCCCAUCAUCCUAUCAUUAAAUUGUUGCCUUCCUUCCCAUCGUUAACCAAUUGCCUUCCUUCCCAUCAACCUAUCAUUAAAUUGUUGCCUUCCUUCCCAUCGUUAACCAAUUGCCUUCCUUCCCAUCGUUAACCAAUUGCCUUCCUUCCCAUCGUUAGCCAAUUGCCUUCCUUCCCAUCAUCCUAUCAUUAAAUUUUUGCCUUCCUUCCCAUCGUUAACCAAUUGCCUUCCUUUCCAUCGUUAGCCAAUUGCCUUCCUUCCCAUCAUCCUAUCAUUAAAUUGUUGCCUUCCUUCCCAUCUUUAACCAAUUGCCUUCCAUCCCAUCGUUAACCAAUUGCCUUCCUUCCCAUCAUCCCAUCAUUAAAUUGUUGCCUUCCUUCCCAUCGUUAACCAGUUUCCUUCCUUCCCAUCAUCCCAUCAUUAAAUUGUUGCCUUCCUUCCCAUCGUUAACCAGUUUCCUUCCUUCCCAUCAUCCCAUCAUUAAAUUGUUGCCUUCCUUCCCAUCGUUAACCAAUUGCCUUCCUUCCCAUCAUCAACCAAUUGCCUUCCUUCCCAUCGUUAACCAAUUGCCUUCCUUCCCAUCAUCCCAUCAUUAAAUUGUUGCCUUCCUUCCCAUCGUUAACCAAUUGCCUUCCUUCCCAUCAUCCCAUUAUUAAAUUGUUGCCUUCCUUCAUAUUAUCCCAUCUUUACUAAGCUUAUACUAUAUAUGUCCAUGUAAAGACGGGACUCCUUCCAUGCUGAAGCCUAUAGAUCUGUACCUUUGUAGAAGGCCAAAAAAGGUUGUUGAGUGAGAGGAACGUUCAUGUGUGUUCCGCCAUCUUAGCCUUAGAGAAGCAAUAGAACUAAGGGACUAACGUUCAGAACCAUAUCGGCCUUUCUUCUGCACGUUUGGGAUUUCCAGUUGGGAAUUUGCAGUUGUACGAUGGUGCUUCCUAUCAUGUGGAGACUAGUGAUGAGCACUUACCUAUGGCUCCGACUCUGAUGAUUUGUGUUAUUUCAAGUUAUUUUGUACUAGACGCCCCCCCCCCUAGAUACCCAACCUUCCAAAUAUCUGCCCUAAGAAAUUCUUUGGAAACAUUUCUCAUGAGGUUGUUGGGAACCCAUCUUGAAAGGCUUUGGCAUAUCCAUCACAAAAACAUGAAAUCUAGAGCCAGUGAUGUAGAAUUGGCGUUGAUUUUGGGGGGUUUUCCCAGACCAAAUCAGAUUAUUAAAGUGUUAUCCAUGGUCAAUGUCUUCUGUCCAUAGGGGAUACCGUAACAUGUCUCCACAUUAGACUACAAGGAGGAAACUGCUUGAAUAGUUGCUUAAUUAUUGCUUAAUUUGGGCUCUUAAGAUGUCAGAACUUUGGCUUCCAAGUACAUAUACAAAUUGUGUCAGAGGCCGUUGUAGAUUCCAUUUGAGAAAUGGCGCGGCCGUGGCACCAUAAAUCAUUCAUAAAGAUGAGUUUGUAGGAAGCCGUAGGAACGUACGGCCGUCCGUGUAGACGUCCAGUUCAGACUGAAGAAGAACUAGACUAAUACGUUGCUAGGCUUAGGGUUUUAGUUGUAAAUUAUUUCUUAUUUUAUGUGGCUUCUACAUCUGUGUAUAUAUUUGAAUUAGUAAUAAUCGCUCAAUAGAGUUUUGAGUCUUCUGCUUCUCUUGACAACACAUAAGCUGACGCCUGCUUGCUGCAAGGUCCCACCAAAACUUGGCAAAAGUUGCAAUUGCCAAGGUAAAAAAGAUGGGACGUCACGCCUGCAAUGCUGUGAUUAGAUAUUUUGCACUAGACUUUAAACAAGUUCUAUCAACUGGAGCAGCCAAAUUAAAGAAAGGACGCUACAGGAGGCUCUAGACUUGGGGGGACAUGGAGGCCAUGUCUAUAGUCGAGAGCUUUCAUGUGUAUUCAAUGCGCAAGGUCCUCCCUUCACCUUGUAUGUAGGUCAUGUCCAACCUACGUCAACUUGCACCGUUGUGUCCAUUAUGGACUGGCCAGUAUCAGAAUAAAAAGAUCGGAUAAUCACACUAACGGAACCCGUUUUGCUCCAGUCCACUGCUUGCUUUGGUUUACAAUCUUCCUCUUCCCAACGUUGGUAGAUGGGGAAGCCUUAUAACUCUACAGACCCGUAAUGGGGGUGAGUUCAAUGUUGUUGGCAUCUGCUGUGAGAAGUUCGUUCGUGUACUAACCAUGAAGCAUUGCACUUUUUUUGUUUCCCGUGUAAAAACGGGGAAAUCGUUGUUUUGUAUUUAGGUUUGUUUGUGGGUUGGGCGGGGGCGUGGCUUGGCCAACUUGGUAAUGUUUUCUGCAAUUGCUGUCUGGUGCUGGACCACUGGUGGGAAGGAAAGAAUCUGGGAGGUUUUAUACACUCGAUUCUUGGACUUCAGAAAGUUUAUUAGUGGCAAUAAACCAGUUUUGAUUCAAAAUAAAAAUCUAAAAAUAUUACCCCCGAUGAUUUUUCAUGUUCCGAGCACUUAAAUGUAAAAAUAACAAUGAAUAUAGAAGACGAGUUGUCAACGUGUCCACCACCGCCGCUCUACUGAAUGUCGACUCGACGCCCUUUGUGCGCUAUAGCGGUGCUGCUGGCAGUCAGCCCUUCCCUACCUGUCUACAGAUUUCUAUCUGUGCCCCUAACUAACACCAACUUCAUAUUUAUCCAUUACACGCAGUAUCCAACUUUUUUCUAUUAUUAUUCAAUGUUAAAUUCAUGUGUAUUUCUUAAUUCUUCUGUAGACCAAAAAGAAAGAAUAAAAAAGAGCGAAUCUAUCUGAAUAUUUGGUUAAACCGCCAUUUCUUAGGGGGGGGGUUUCAGUACUACUCGAUAUUAAUUACGCUUUUCAGUUACAUUUUUGUAUUUGUUUUUGGAGCAAGAAAACGUGUAGUUUGUAUCUGCAACAGAUUUAUAUCCUGCUGUGCAAUGUGUAUUGCCAUGUAAUCUCCAUUGGGAAUAGUUUAUGGCGGGAAGGUAAACGAUGUUCACUAGUGAUGAGCGAAUCUGUCCCAUUUUGCUUCGCAAGAAAAUUCACAAAACAGCAAGAAAAUUCAUGAAACGGUGAAAAAUUCGCGAAACAAAUUUGUCGCGUGAUUUUUUUUUGUUGCCCACAUAUAUUGUUUUGUCGCGACCACACCCGUUUUUGCCGCAACUGCGCCUUUUUUGCCGCGACUGCACCCGAUUAGCCGUGACCUUGCCCGGUUUGACGCGGCCACGCCCUUUCUAUGUGACCGCGCCCAAUUUGGUGCGACAAAAAAAAUCUGUGCGACAAAUUUUUCCGCUGUGAAUUUUCACAGAAGUUUCGCAAAACAAUUCACCAAUGGUGGAAUGCGGAAAUUCGCUGCAAAUCCAUACCUGCCGAAAAAAUUUGCUCAUCACUAAUGUUCACGUUAUUUAUUAUGAAAAAAAAAAUGCAAUUUCACGAGGGUCGAGGAGCCAAUAGUUGCCCUUUGCUGGGAGGAGACAGUCUUUGAAAGUCCCCAUAUGUUUCAACCAAUGGUAAAAAUAUAAAAGGGAAACAGGUCUUGGCUAUGAAAGGUCCGCCUCCGAUAUGUAGUUACCCCUUUGUGCCACUAGGGUAGCAGCCGGCUAUAUUGUACCUGCGCAGUAGUGGCCUAUUACCGCACAAAAUCCAGGGUUCGUUUAAGACAUUAAAAGAAUUUUGGUAAAAUUUCGUGGACCAAAUCUCAACCAGCGUUUUUGUUUUUUCUUUUUGUGAAUACGCAGGGUCAAAAAGUUUACAUUCAUAGGAGCUAAAAUGUGGUUUUAACCGAUAUGCAAAUUGAAAACAAUGUAGAUUUGGUUGUAAUGAAUUCAACAUCGUAUUCAUGUUCUUACGAGAGCCUAUUAGCUUAGUCCUUCGUGCAAAGUACAAUAUUGAUCGGGGCCUUAACGUAGAGCAAUGCACAGAAUUAGCGCUGCAAUUACGUCCACAAAAUGAAAGAUCUAUAAGUAACGAGACGGAUCUACUUUCGGUAAAUGGUCUACUGUUCCCAACAGAUUCUGCCCCGUUGCGGUUCCGUACGAGCUGCAGAACAAAAAUAUCUCCACUUGGGCCGAAAUCUCUUCCCAGCCUUAAAUCUGACCCUAUUGGCAAAAAUAUAUUUGUUUUUGUUGGAAUUGUGUUGUCUUUGACCCGGCUCAGCAGCUUCCAUAAUGUUACCCCCCAAUGUAACCCCCCAAUACUUCACCUUUAGUGUCCAACAUCUGUCGGGGUGUGAGCUUGGCAUCCCCUGAUUUAUGCAACAAUUCUUUGCCAGCUUGCCAUGCAUCAAAGGGUUCAUUUACAGAGAGAGGGGGGGUAUUUAGGGAGAAAAAAAAUUGUGCCCUUGGUUUUAAUUAUGUUGAUCAGAAAUGUCAGAUUUUUUUCUACCUUUUCUGUUUGUGAAGAAUCUUUAAGAAAAAAAAA